GUACUGGAGGCAGAAUCCGAGUGCGAGUUGCGCUAGUCGCGAGGGACCGAGCCACUCGCAUUCGCGCGUCUCCAGUCGUGAUGCGUCCUUCAAGCUGAACUCGCGCCCGCGAUAGUGUUGUGCAGUGUUGCGUUAGUGCCAUUCGAAGCGCCGCGCGCCGCCGCCGCGGUUGUGCUCGGCGGAAUCGCAUCCCACCAACUGAGAGCACUGACUCGGGCACUCCCUUCUAUCCACGCUCUAGCGCCUUCCCAAAUGAGGAUGACAAAAUCAAUGCACAAGGGAAAUUCGCACUAGGUAGCCGAGGGUAGGCUCAAUAUCAGUUAGACCAUUAAGAUGAAGCCAGCAAGAGGCUUAAUGCUAUUCAACAGAGGAAAUAUACUAAAUCCUAUUUUACUGAAGUUCGGACUAAUGAAGACAAAUUACCUAUGUAAAACCAAAAAAUAGGUCAAAACCCAAGUUUUCCAACGAUAGUAGAUUUUUGCGAGGUCCAUGGACGCUGUGAAUAGGUGUGUAAGACAUCACUGAAAAAGAAGAUUGGUAGAGUUUACCAUUCCUCCACGCUGUAUUUCACACAGCGUCAAUUUAGAGUCAAUUUUGCCAGAAAAAAGAAAAUUGUAGCUGAGCAGAGUGAAUUGCGGUCGUCAUGGAAGUUAACCUCCGGUGAAAGGAUUAUGGCCCGGAGGCUCCAGCUCUUCCAUCUCAUGAUUACCUUAAACUUCCUACAAACCAGCGUAUCCCUUAAUGAUUACGUCAUGACACCCAAAUGGACUGAUCGAUUGGAAAACGUGACUCAAACCAUCACACGACUUUUGGAUGGAUACGACAUUAGACUGCGACCUAACUUCGGUGGAGAUCCGUUGUACGUCGGAAUGGACCUGACGAUUGCAAGUUUUGAUUCGAUCAGCGAAGUAAAUAUGGAUUACACGAUCACAAUGUACUUGAAUCAAUAUUGGAAAGACGAACGUCUAUCCUUCAGUAGUUACGAUGAAAUUUUGACACUGUCCGGAGACUUUGCUGAAAAAAUUUGGGUCCCCGAUACAUUCUUCGCCAACGAUAAAAACAGUUUUUUACACGACGUUACGGAGAGGAACAAAUUGGUGCGACUCAGUGGAGAUGGAAGUAUUACGUAUGGCAUGCGAUUCACGACCACAUUGGCCUGUAUGAUGGACCUCCACUAUUAUCCUCUUGACUCUCAAAAUUGCACGGUGGAAAUAGAAAGCUAUGGGUACACGGUGAUGGAUGUGGUGAUGUACUGGAAAGACACCGCGGUGCGAGGUGUGGAAGAUGCAGAAUUACCGCAAUUCACAAUAGUCGGCCACGAGACAAACGACCGGAAAGAGACGCUGGCCACUGGCAUCUACCAACGGCUGUCACUCUCGUUCAAGCUCCAGAGAAACAUCGGUUAUUUCGUCUUCCAAACCUACCUCCCCUCCAUCCUCAUUGUGAUGCUCUCUUGGGUUUCUUUUUGGAUCAAUCACGAGGCCACUAGCGCUAGAGUCGCACUAGGUAUCACAACGGUGCUGACCAUGACAACCAUAAGCACCGGAGUGCGAAGUUCACUUCCACGGAUAUCUUACGUAAAAGCAAUCGACAUAUAUCUCGUCAUGUGCUUCGUUUUUGUCUUCGCUGCCCUCUUGGAGUAUGCUGCUGUUAACUACACGUAUUGGGGCCACACCAGAGCGAAGAAAAAGGCCAAGAAGAAAAAAAUUGAAGAUCCUCAACCCACCACUGGCAUCCCAGUUGGAAGGAGUUGCUUUAGCGAUAAUUAUGAAUCUGAGAGAUCAGUGAGUGAAGAUAUUGUAGAGCUUCAAGACAUCAAAAUGUCACCAAUUCCACCCAUCCGUAAUCGACAAACUAUGCCUAGGUAUUUAAACAAUGAACAAAUUGACGAUCCUUCGAAAUUCCCUCCGAGUUUCCGGAUAAAUCGCUCAAGUGCUGCGUACUCAUAUUCAGUGAACCGUCGAGGACUGAGGUUCCGAGGAAACCGGCGCAACGACCACACACGACCGAAAAUGCUCCACGCAAUCAAAAAAGGAGCGUCCGCCUUAAAAGUAUCCAUGCCAAAAAUAAAAGACGUCAACGUAAUUGACAAAUAUUCAAGGAUCAUUUUCCCCGUAUCAUUCAUGGUAUUUAACGCAGGGUAUUGGCUGUUUUACAUAAUGUGAAACGGCAAAGAUAUUACCCCUCUAAAAUCGAGUUUUAUGAUAGCAUAUAAGACUAGUUUAAUUCUCUUUGGGGUAGUACAUAACUAGCACAUCAUGCCAAUAAUGUAAAAUUAAGUUCAGACAUGUUGAACUGAGUAUUAUUAAACUACCUACACCUAAGUAGCAAAACCUUACAUGUAAAUGAACUACGUUGUGCAAUCACCACGAAUUACCAUUUACGAAUUGUCCUUAAAUGUAUCUUUCUAUGAAUAGGAAAACGAAUGGCAGACAUGUUUUUAGAAUGUGCCGGAAAUAGCAGUUCAUCAUUGCAAAAUGUAAGAAGUCCAAAUACAAACCAACACAUGCAAAUAAGUACCGGCUGCUGAGUGCUCUCAAGAAUACGUAAAAUUCAUACGAUGAUUUGUCAAAAACAAACUAAACUGAAGAGCUUUCUUCAUAGUUUUAUUUUUACAAUUUUCUCUGAUAUCUAUUGGAGGUGAAGGGGAGACCGGGGACAGUUGAAACAGGGGUCAAAUGUAACAGGUCUGAUUGGUGGCGCUGUGAGUGGCGAGACCGUAAACUAUGUAUAGUGUAUUGUUCCUAUACUAACUGUGACUAACUGUCCUGAAUUUCAACUUGAUGGAGCAAUUUUUGUUCAAAUGACGACACAUUAAAGAAAUUGAACCAUU